GACACGCUCCCCGGGGGCCACGCCACUGGCUCCCCGGCCUAGCCCGGCCCGACGAGUGUGAGCGCGUAGGAGCUGGGCGCGCACGGCUACAGAGCGUGGAGGAGGACCGGCCCUGCGGCGAUGGGUGCCAGGGGCGCUCCUUCACGCCGGAGGCCGGCGGGGCGGCGGCUGCGCUACCUGCCCCCCGGGAGCUUCCCCUUCCUGCUGCUGCUGCUGCUCCUGUGCAUCCAGCUCGGGGGAGGUCAGAAGAAGAAAGAGAAUCUUUUAGCUGAAAAAGUAGAACAGCUGAUGGAAUGGAGUUCCAGGCGCUCAAUCUUCCGAAUGAAUGGGGAUAAAUUUAGAAAAUUUAUAAAGGCACCACCUCGAAACUAUUCUAUGAUUGUUAUGUUCACUGCUCUUCAGCCUCAACGACAGUGCUCUGUGUGCAGACAAGCGAACGAAGAAUAUCAAAUACUUGCUAACUCCUGGCGUUAUUCAUCUGCUUUCUGUAACAAACUUUUCUUCAGCAUGGUAGACUAUGAUGAGGGAUCAGAUGUUUUUCAGCAGCUCAACAUGAAUUCUGCUCCUUCAUUCAUGCAUUUUCCUCCAAAAGGCAGACCCAAGAGAGCUGAUACUUUUGACCUUCAAAGAAUUGGAUUUGCCGCAGAACAACUUGCAAAGUGGAUUGCUGACAGAACAGAUGUUCACAUUCGAGUGUUCAGACCACCCAACUACUCUGGCACCAUUGCUCUAGCUUUAUUAGUGUCACUUGUUGGUGGUUUACUCUAUUUAAGAAGAAACAACUUGGAAUUCAUUUAUAAUAAGACUGGCUGGGCCAUGGUUUCUCUGUGUAUAGUUUUUGCUAUGACUUCUGGCCAGAUGUGGAAUCAUAUUCGUGGACCUCCAUAUGCUCAUAAGAAUCCACAUAAUGGGCAAGUGAGCUACAUUCAUGGAAGCAGCCAGGCUCAGUUCGUAGCAGAAUCACAUAUUAUUCUGGUACUAAAUGCUGCUAUCACCAUGGGGAUGGUUCUUCUAAAUGAAGCAGCAACAUCCAAAGGAGAUGUUGGUAAAAGACGGAUAAUUUGCCUGGUGGGAUUAGGCCUGGUGGUCUUCUUCUUCAGUUUUCUACUUUCAAUAUUCCGUUCCAAGUACCAUGGCUAUCCUUAUAGGAACCAUUAAGAUAGAAACAUAGUGAAGAGACAAGUACUGGUUUGCCACAUUGUACAACUCUAGAAGAUGGAAUUCACAUCCAAAUGAUACCCCAAUGGAGUUGUCAGGUUGUUCCACACAAUUAAACCUGUGUGUGGUAUGGGGAGAGACAAUUAUUCCAGAAAUCUAAGCUCUAAAAAUACUUAUAGAAACAGCAAAUUUAUUCUGAGCUGGCUGGCAUCAAAGAAAAUAGAAAAUAUAAAUUAAGCUUUUAAUGAACACAGAAACGAUCUUCCUUUUUUUAAAAAGAUACUUUUAAUACAUGUUGUCCUUUAUUAUUUUGAGAGAUGAAGAAUAACAAAAAAAAAUGAAUUGACAUUUUGUAAGGGAAAAUACAGCUCCACAGUUAGAAAAGCCUUUGAAUUAAUUUUGAGCACGUAUUCUAGUGAACAAAUACAGAAAGAUUAAAAAAAAACCUGCAGAAUGUAGUACAGCAGUAAGGCACCUGUCUUACACAGGACUGAUCUGGGUUCGAGCACCUAAUAUGGUUCCCCAGGCCUUCGAGAAAUGACCCCUGAGUGCAGAGC